AUGAGCUCAGUAGGAUUACGAGGCGUCUAUCAGUUAAAUCCUGUGCAAAUUUUAGGACCCAUUGCAAUUUCCAGUGUAAUCUGCAGCUACCUCAUUCUGGAAUUGUAUUAUGCCAUGGAUACCAUGACGGUAGACGACUAUGUGCUCGCCAACAUGUCAUUUCAUAUGGAUUUGGUCUAUCCCAUCAAUGGGCUGCAUCAUUUAUGCGAACUAUCUGACGAUGUCGAUAACUUUCCCGAGUACUUUAAUCCAGACGCAUCUCCAGUUUUGAACUCUGCUUAG